GCUGCUGCUGCCAGCAGAGGUGGCUAACGUGGGCUGCCAUUUUUUUGUAAUCUUUAGUUGUUUUUUUCACUUUCUGGCCUUUUUUUUACUGAUUUACUGAUUUUUUGUCACUGAUUUUCUUUUACUUUUACUGAUUUACACUUGUUUAAUGAUGCUCUUUUUGCUCUGUUUUGUUUCUCCCCCUUCUGCGUAGUUAAGGCCGGGCAGCGGUACACUUGUCAGCCCUACCGCGCCGGCCCGGGCAGAAAAUGCUCCUCGUUGGGAAACACAAGCUUUUUUAUCACCUCUUUAUCAACUGUUCAGUCUUGAGAUACACCAUCAGAAUAAAUAUAACUCAGUGAAUAUGCUCCCUUUGUAUUUAUUGACAGCUGCGAAAACUCAACCAAUAUCUGUUGAAUUGAAGAAUGGUGAGACAUUGAAUGGUCACUUAGUUAACUGUGAUUCAUGGAUGAAUUUGACAUUGAAAGAUGUUAUACAAACUUCGGCAAAUGCUGAUUUGUUUUUGAAAAUUGAACAAAUUUAUAUUAGAGGCAGCCAUAUAAAAUAUCUAAGAUUGCCAAAUGAAAUAAUGGACCAGGUGAAAGAGCAAAAUAUUGCAAAUUUAGAAAGAAACAAUUCUAAUUCUCAAUUCAACCAACAUAUGAAUAUAAAUCAAAUGAACAAUAACAACAAUUACUAUCAACAAAAUAUUCCAAACAAUAAUACCAAUCAGCAAAAUCCGCAAGGAAAUCCAAAUAUAAAUAAAAAUUAUAGAAACUAUAAGAAUUACAACCGAGGUGGAUAUAAUAGUUAUAAUAAAAGAGGUGGUUAUAAAAGUAGAGGAAAUAGAAAUUAUCAAAAUAAUAGCUCGAUGAACAACCAAAAUGCUAAUCAAAAUAAGCCACAAUAACAAUAACACUAAAAAUAAUCAUAAAUUCUAAGAUCAUAUCAUUCUACUUACAAAUAUAAUUUCAAAUCAUUUAUAUUUUUUUUUUUUAGAUAUUUGGUGACUUUUUUUUUCUAUUAACUAUAUAACUAUAGGAUUAAUUAUAUAUUGUAUAAUAUUAGAAUGAAAACGCGUAUGG